AUAUAGUUGUAUGGAUAGCUUGAUAUCAUCAAAAAAAAAAAAAGCUGUCAUUUGGACAGCCAGGAGAACAAUGAAGAGACGUAGUGUGUUCGUUGCCAUUUUUGUGCUGAUAGUUCAUCUUGUUCAAGCUCAAAAUCAAACCGGAUUCAUCAGUGUAGAUUGCGGUUUAUCCCCUCCCGAGUCACCUUACAAUGCACCUCAAACAGGUUUAACAUAUACAUCAGAUGCCGGUUUAAUAAACAGUGGGAAGACUGGUAGAAUCGCCAAGGAAUUGGAACCAUUCGUCGAUAAGCCGGCUUUGACAAUGAGAUACUUUCCAGACGGAGUACGAAACUGCUACAAUCUAAAUGUCACCCGUGACACCAAUUAUCUGAUCAAGGCCACAUUCGUUUAUGGAAAUUAUGAUGGUCUUAAUGUCGACCCGAACUUCGACGUUUACUUUGGUCCGAAUUUAUGGACAACGGUGAGUAGUAAUGACACGACAGAGGAGAUCAUCCAUGUGACCAAAUUCAAUUUUUUGCAGAUCUGUCUUGUUAAGACGGGAAUAAGUAUACCGUUUAUAAAUGUUUUGGAGCUACGACCAUUGAAGAAAAAUGUGUACGCUACUCAAAGCGGUUCACUGAAGUACUUAUUCAGGGUGUAUAUGAGCAAUUCAAGUCGUCGUAUAAGGUUCCCGGAUGAUGUCUAUGAUCGGAAAUGGUACCCGGUCUUCCAGAACUCAUGGACGCAAGUAACUACGAAUCUCAAUCUAAAUAUUAGUACUAUAUAUUAUGAACUACCACAAGGUGUAAUGGCAACAGCCGCAACGCCGCUAAACGCUAAUGCGACCUUGAACAUUACAUGGACAAUAGAGCCUCCUACUACACCAUUUUACUCCUACAUUCACUUUGCAGAGCUUCAAUCUCUAAGGGCAAAUGAUACACGAGAAUUCAAUGUGACGUUGAAUGGAGAAUAUACAUUUGGACCUUAUAGUCCUAAACCGCUAAAAACCGAAACUUUACAAGACUUAAGCCCUGAGCAAUGUACUGGAGGGGUAUGUAUUUUGCAGCUCGUGAAGACGCUGAAAUCAACUCUUCCGCCUUUACUUAAUGCUGUUGAGGCUUUCACUGUGAUUGAUUUCCCGCAAAUGGAGACAAAUGAAGAUGAUGUUACUGGUAUCAACAAUGUUGAAAACACUUAUGGAUUGAAUAGAAUCAGUUGGCAAGGAGAUCCAUGUGUCCCCAAACAGUUUUUGUGGGACGGUCUAAAUUGCAACAACUCAGAUAUUUCUACACCACCAAUAAUCACUUCCUUAGACUUAUCUUCAAGUGGUUUAACUGGGGUCAUCACACAAGGCUUUCAAAAUCUAACACAUCUUCAAUACCUGGACUUGUCUGAUAUCAAUUUAACUGGAGAAAUACCUAAAUUUUUAGCUGACAUACAAUCACUCUUGGUUAUAAACUUAAGUGGUAAUAAUCUCACUGGCUCGGUUCCUCUCUCACUUCUUCAGAAGAAAGGCUUGAAAUUAAAUGUCCAAGGCAACCCUCAUCUUCUUUGCACAGAUGGUUUAUGUGCUAACAAAGGAGAUGGACAUAAGAAAAAGAGCAUCAUAGUACCAGUUGUCGCAUCGAUUGCUUCAAUAGCUGGUCUUAUAGAUUCACAGCAAGAAGAUAGUGAUUUUAAACAUUGGGAAAUGGUGGAAUCAUAUGAGCAGCAUGGUGAUGAAAAUGAUGGGCAUGUUCCAUAUGUACCUUCUGGUGACAGAAUUAUGGAGGCUAUGCGGGAUCCUGUUAAAUCUCUUUUGAUGUUGCAGGUUGAUCUUAAGGCUGAGGCAGAGAAGACUGAUGGUGGUGUUGGAACUGGUAACCAGAAUAAGGUUUAGUAAAUGCACCAAAAGUAGUGGUAAUGAAUUUAUCUUUGGUUAUGACAAAAAAGUUUAGCUUCUGGGAUCUUGCUUAGCCUCUUGAACUUUAAGGCUAUUGAAAUUGCUUUGUUUUGUCAUGGUGAUGAUUGUGUGACGAUUGCUUUGUUUUUGUUUCAGAAUUUGAAGACUUUGACAAAGGAGAUGAUCUAUAUGAGGCUCGGGUUGUAUUGUUAUUAAGAUUUUUGAAGUUUAUGUUUGGUAAUGAUGUUGGCUCUUCGUUAAUUGUCAUAACAUAUGUUUUGGUUCUUAUAAAAAAAUCAAUUUCAU